GCUUGACCGAGUUGUAGCCUUGCCGCCGUGUGCUCCAGUUUACAGUUCCAGUCCCCUUGCCGCCGCCUUUUCCACUUUCGGCUCCCCUCUCCACAUAUAACGCUCGCCCCCCCCAUUCUCGCGAUCGGUUCACCCAUCGUCGUCGACUUUUUGACAAGAACACUUUUACAAAACCACCACAUCACAACCUGACAUCAUGUCUCAAUCUGGAGUUCAGGUCGACCCCGAGUGCCGGAGGGCUUUCGACAAGCUGAUGUCCCGUCAGCUCAGGUACAUCAUCUACAAGCUUUCGGACGACUUCAAGGAGAUUGUCAUUGAGAGCACCAGCGAGGGCGCCACCGAGAACUACGACGAGUUCCGCGAGAAGCUCGUCAAUGCCCAGACUAAGAGCGCUACUGGCGCCAUCAGCAAGGGUCCCCGAUAUGCCGUCUACGAUUUCGAGUACAAGCUUGCUUCUGGCGAGGGUUCCCGCAACAAGGUGACCUUUAUCGCCUGGUCCCCCGAUGAUGCUGGCAUCAAGUCCAAGAUGGUCUACGCCUCUUCCAAGGAGGCCCUCAAGCGCUCUCUCAGCGGUAUCGCUGUCGAGCUCCAGGCCAACGAGCAGGACGACAUCGAGUACGAACAGAUUAUCAAGACCGUGAGCAAGGGUACUGCCGCAUAGAUUUCUCCAUAAUCGUAUUAAGAACAGAGAGAGACGAGAAGAGAAGAGAGAUGAGUUGUUGUUGACGUUGUUGCGCGUUGCGAACAUAGUCGAAAGAUGGUGUCCCUUAUGUUGCUGUCGCUGUCGGCGUUGUUGUAAUGACAAUAUAAACCACACGCUACUUAUUUUGUACUUCCCAAAUACCAUUUACCACAUCCAGACUACCACCACCUCUCCUCAACUUACUCAACUCAACUUUCAUAUUAUUCUCCGCGUUGGUUUGGAAAUAUCAG